AUAUGUGUGUUUGAACUCCUUAAAAAUGUAAAUAAUACUUGCAGCGUGCAAAUAAAGGGGAAAAAAAUGUUAGACGAUAACGACUUCAACUUGCUGUAGUGAACAACUUUGGUGUCAUCGUAAAAAUGACGACUCCAAUGAGCGAAGACAGUGGCUUAUUGAGAGAAUGGGCCCCACUUGCAGCCCUUCUUCAAAGGUUACCAGCAAAGAUUCAAAACGGUAUUUUUUCUCAAAAUAUCAACUUUACCUGUCUAGAUGUCGUGCCGGAAUUUAUUGCAAUCGGUACGAAUCACGGGCUUGUUUACUGGUUUAAUCGUGAAAAUGGAGAAUUGCAAAAACUUCGAUGCGAGAAUAUUAGUGCAGUAAUCACUUGUGUUCGAGUGAUUUCAACAGUAGAUUACAUGGUUGCUGCAGGAAAUGAUCAAGGAAUUGUUACAGUUUUUCAAAUACCAAAACAACCUCCAGACUCUUUGCCAGAGAGUCUGAAACCGAAACAGAAGAAACAGGUUGAAAGAUAUAACAUAGCAGGUUUGCACAAAUGUGCAGUUACAACAGUCGACUGGUCGAAAAAUGGGAUGAAACUUUUCAGUGGAGAUCAAGACGGUUUAGUGGUUUUCACGGAAAUUGACUUUUACAUGCAUUUGUCAAAGUCAUCUGAGCUUUUAAACGAAAAAUAUUCAGUUGUACAGCUCAGUUACCAACAAGGAUUGCUCUUAGUUUCUACAGUAUUUCGAACGAUACUUGUCAAUUUGAAUGACAAAGGGAAAGUUAUGCAAGUAGGCCAAAAGGAACGAAAAACAUUAGGAAAAUUAGGAGCAGUAUUUGGAAAUCGACAAAGUCACAUACAAGAACCUGUGAUUUAUGCAGGGAGACCCAGCUUGAGGCUUUGGCAGGCUGAUAAAAAAGGAACUGUGCUCAAAACACUAAUGUUUAAGGAUGCGAUUCGUUCCGGCCACACAGAGGUAGAAUUGCUAAACCCAGCGCCAGAAAGUGCACGAAAAAGUCGAGGAGAACCGUCUUUUGGCAUUGUUCUGCCAUUCUCUGAUGAUUUAUUGGUUACAUACAGCGAAGAUGUUAUUUACGUCCUAAAUCCAACUAAUAUAAAUGUUAUGUUUUCCGUAAGUGAUGUGCGACACGUUACUGAUGUCGCGUGCACCAAGGAUGAAAUCUUUAUCCUUGAAGGUGAACGAAAUAUUAUCAGAAUCGCUUAUCAUCCUGAGAACAAUAUCAUUGCUCCGAACGCAGACUCCAUGAUGGAUUCAAUAUCUCUUGCUCAAAUUAGCAAGCCUGUUACGACGGGAAUUUUGGAAUUGACUUCCAAAUUAAAGGAGAGCGCAAUUGUUCCUGCCAUUCCUUUCCAUAAAAUUAAUCCAACGAAUAUUAUUCAAGCGAUAGGGGUCUUGCCGUCAGUGACAAUAGGAACAGAUAUAACGUCAAUAGUGAAUGCGGAGGAAGCCUUGGAGAUACCACCAAUUGUUCCAUUAGAGUUGGAAACUCCUUUGAUAACAGAAAACGAUUCAACCUUGGGAGUUGGAGUAGAAGCCUUCGGGAAAAAUUCGAUAGAAGAUGAUGAGAAACGAAAUGACCGUCGACGCAUAUUUCAGAAAAUCGCAGAACAAGAAUUCGAGGAUGUUGUGUUCACUCCUGAGCGCAGGAAUAAGAAAUCUUUGGGCAAGACUUUUAAUGGCAACGAAAACGGAACCUCAGACAAUGAAUUUCCUCAUAAUUUUACCAAAUUUCAAUUAGAUAACGAUUUAACGAAAACAACGCAUUCUUCUCUUCUCACCUUGAGUAUUGAUAAUGAAAUGAUGCUGAAACUAGAUAGAAAUUUAGAUUCUAUUCAGAAGGAUGUUGAGGACAAAGAAAAACUUCUAGCCGACGUUUUAAAUUUUGAUCUCUCCGAAUACAUGACAGGAAGUCGCAUUUAUUCGACCGAUUCGGAUAUUUUGAAUUCGAUCGAUACAAUUCCGUACGUUAGUUGCAAUGUUAAUGGAAACGAGUCGUAUUCCUAUUUGAAAGAAGAAAUCGAGGAGCCAGAUGAACAAACCGAUCGCACGGAAACUGAAUCUGUUGAAGAGGAAGACGCGAGUUAUAAAACGGAAUUGCAAAAACUCGAAGAUUUGGGAGAGUGCAGCAAAAUACUUUUGCAAAGCAAGUUAACCGAGCUCAGUGAAAAUAAUAAUGUCGAUAUAGCAGUUGAGCCGCCUACGUCGACCAUCAGCGUGGAACCAGAACUUCGAUUUAAUGAUCUUUCACGAGAGUUUGUGUCAACAGUUGUGUACGAGGAAAAGAGAAAAGAAGAGAAGGAAGAUUGGGUUUUUGUGAACUACCCUUGAAUAAUUUCGAAAUCCAAUAGUAGUUAAAAUGGGAAAUUUUCUAGACUGAAGGAUUAGCUCGGUGAUUAUUUUUAGGUGUUAUUCUUCAUUUUAUAGCAUUAAGUUUUUGAUAAGAGUUUAUUAAAAGAUAAUCUAUCAGUGGCUUUUGAAAGUAAAAUACUUUUAGGAGUCGAAAAAACUCAGUUUAUAUUCCAAGGGUUUACCCAUCCUAUUUCUUUUUUGCUAGAAUUUAUGUUAUUGUAAGAUUUUUUUUUUUUUUUCGAUAAUAAUUUUAAAAAAGGCAGGAGGUAUUUGGUAUUAUACACAUCAAGCUCAAAUUCAAAGUAUUGAAGCAGAUAUUCUCUAUUUUUUUUAUUUGAGUAGACUAGUUAGGCAAAUACAAUCAUGUAUCCGGAAAAUUCUGUAUGACAUGGAUAUUACUUUAUGCAUUUUACUAGUGUUUAGACUGAGCACAAUGAAUUAUUGAAUUUUUUAUCACAUCUGUUUUUUCGUACAUUAUAAUAUAAUCGUGCUUCAAUUAUAUGUAUAUAACAAUCUUUUCAUAUUUACUCUGUACUAAUUUGUAUUAUUUUUUCUGGUCUAGUCAUAAUUUACAUUUCGAGAAUGUACGCAAUAUGCAAUAUUUUUAUCUGUUAGUGUGUACUUUGUUCUCAGAUCAAAAAUGUGCAGAAUUAAAGGAAGAAAUACUUCCAAA